GUCUCAUAUCCAGUAGAUUGGUGAAAUUAAAAGAAUUCAAGGAACUAUUUUUUGGCUUCUGAGGGCAGAAUGUCGGAACUGAGCGACGAAGCCAGUGAGGCCGAGCUCUUGAACUGCAGCCUAACCAUGUGGCACGGAGAGGGUCAGGCGGCCAGCCAACAAGAAUUAGACAUACCUUUGGAUCUUCAUACAGCAGCUUCCAUAGGCCAGUAUGAGGUGGUGAAGGACAGUAUUGAACGAGGGGAGAAGGACUUGGAUCAGAAGAACCGCGGUGGCUGGACUCCGCUGAUGUAUGCCUCCUAUAUUGGUUACGACACCGUUGUGCGCAUGCUGCUACAAGCCGGAGCCAACGUGAACAUGUCCACCCCAGAAGGACAGACCCCGCUGAUGUUGGCAGCCAGCUGUGGGAACGAAUGUGCAGCUGCCUUUUUGCUUCAGCAAGGUGCUGAGUUGGAGAUGAAAGACACCCAUGGCUGGACUGCCCUCUUUCAUUGCACCAGCGCUGGCCAUCAGCAGAUGGUGAAGUUCUUACUGGACAGUGGAGCCAACGCCAAUUGCAGGCUCUUUGGACCAAAGAGAAAGAUGACGUCCGCCAUUGCCCGAUGGCACAGCAGUGCCCGACCGCUGAGCGAUGCCCUGGAGCUAGCCUAUGCCGACCGUCUGGAAGCCGAAAUGCAAGAACUGGCCAUCCAGCUUCACAAGAGAUGUGAGGAAGUCAAAGGGCUGAAAGGACAGGUGAGCCAAGAACAGGAGCUGCGAGCGGUGGUCGAGAGCUGCCUCAUGGAGCAGGACGUGGCCUGGAGCAAUGCCCAGGCUCAACUCCAAGAAGUCCAGGGCAUCACCAGAAGUGCUGGGAUCCUCCUGGAGCAGAUACGGGCCUGUCAGGUAGAGCUGGCUUCCCGGAUCAACCAGGAGCAGGCAGGCAGCCAGGAAUUGGAGAUCAGAGCACAGCUAGGAGCCAGCCCCGAAGGAUGGUCGCCUACCUUGAAGGCCCUUAGCCUGCCUGAGCUGUCCGUUCUUCUGGAGGAAUGUGUGGGGGAAAUGGGGGAAACUCUCUGUUCUGUCAACCGUAAUCUCGAGAGGCUACAUCGUCCAGAGAAGGGCAAGGCUGUCCGCAAACAGCCCUAGCAGUAGAGGAAGACAUGCUGACGUUGGGUGACCCUUCCACCCUGAAGCUGUGUUUGCCUGCAAGAGUGAAGAGAGUGCAAGUGACGGAUCGGCUACAUGGGCCACCUCCAGCGAGGGUCUCGGAAUACGCGGCUGCCAUCGGUGGUGAAGGAGGGCAGAUCCUCUGGAUGGCACGCCUGCUGUGCUGAAGGAGGAAUGCGGGUCCGAUUCUGCAAAGCCAGAAGAACAGUGAGAAACAGAAGCUGUCUCAAGCUUGGAAGUGCCAAGCAAGCAAGUUCACACGUGCCUUGUUGUGGAAGAUGUGCUUGCAAGCCUUGUAGGUGUCAAUAUCUAAGGUUCUUCUUCCUUCGUCUCUGGGUCCACAACAGGAAACAUCAUGGCAAUAAAACUUUCAACGUAAGGACUUCAUCCUCUUUUGACCUAGAGGCCGGAAGAGUUUGCAAUUCUCCCCUCCCUCAAUUUUAUCCUUUCUUUUCUCCUCCAAUCAAAUGUGAUUUUUUUUUUUAAAGAAAAAAAUGUGGAAAUGCUCUCUUUUUUUUUUUUCCGCAGGCACAAAAUUGCCUUUUGGGGUCCUUUUAACACACAAAUUGAGAUGAUAGUCUCACACUUGACAAUAUGAGGCGGCUCCCGUUAGCAAAACUGGAGUUGUAAAAUCUUCAGGCAGAACAAAGGACUCUGGGAUUAGUUCUGAAGAGCCAGAGAUAACAUCCUGGUCAGAAAGAAUAGCAUAAACCUAGUGUAUGUAAGGCAGAAAUGUCAGAGUUGAUUUCCUUGAGGGCUGCAUCAGGGUUGUGUUUGAUCUCGGAGGGCUGGGUGAGCGUGGCCAGGAUUGGGAAUGGGCCUCGUGGGGAGGGGGAACCUGUGGUUGCGUGAGUAUUUGCGUGAGUAUUUCUAAAGCUUGAGGGACCACUCCAGGGUUUAUGGCUGCUAACUCAUAGUUAAAGGGAGUUGGGUGUAUAAUGUAUUAUGUAUUAUUUUCCAGGGCACAUCAUAAAACCUACUCCUCAGAAACAGAACAAUAUUUUAAAGAAUGUACUUCGAUCUUUAAUCGUUAUAGUCUGGUUUCUCUUCAGAUCAUAUACUGUACAACUUUUGUCUUUUAUAUUAAAGAGUGUGAUUUUUAAAAAAAAAAUCUAUCUGGCAAGGCGAGGUAGACCUUUAUGAAACAGAAACCAAUUUAAACCUCGGGCAUGGCUGUACUACUUCCAACUGGAGAAGGAACUCAAAGGAUGACAUGAUUUUACAUGCUUCCUCUUCCUUGCCCACCUGGUGUCUUCUGGAGGUUUCAAAACGACCUCGGAGCCAAUGUAGAUGGUAACCAUGAUAUAGAUGGCAUCAGGUUGGAGGAAGGGGGAGGUAAGAGUUUCUAGCUAGGAUAUGGUUUGUUUGUUUUUCCUGUUACGCCAGCUACUCUUAAAUGCGCAGGGACUGUUUUGUAAAGAGGGUGAUUCAGUCAUAAAAUGCUCAAAUACAGACUGACGUGGUACAGCCCAGGUAAAUUUUUAUACCUGAGCCUUUUUUGCUUAUGCAAACCAGACCUCUGGCUAUUUAUAGCGACGUAGAAUAAAAAUUGCAAUCUAUUUUUGAUAUACUGAAGUAGAUGCUUUUUUUUCAAAUAAAACAAUGGUA